AUGGCGCAGGGUGGUGGAAGCUCCAGCGAUGGAGAUCACACCUCUCUCCUUCUGUUUCCCCAGGUGCAGGUGGAGGCCAGGAAAGCCUGCACGGCAAAGCGGCCGCCCGCUGUUGUCCGCCGCCCUGCAGCAUCCAGCGGAGGGAUGCUGGCUGUGUCCCACACCCUGCCUAAGGCCGGGGCUGGCUGUCUCUUCCACAGCCUGCAGCGGCGGGAGCAGGCCAGGGCAGAGCAGGCGCGGCUGCUGACCCUCCGGGGCAUCAUGGGCGACAGCUCCCUGCGGCCCACGCCUGAGGAAUGCCAUGGCCCCAGCUACACGUGGCCUCAGAAGUGUGGCUGGAGGAAGGGGGGGCCAGGGGCAGCUGCUGCUGGACCUCAGCUCGGGGAGCUGCUCCUCUAUGUCAGGAACCCGCUGGUGCAGGACAUCGAUGCCGAGUGUGGGGCAGCCCCUCAGAAGCCCUGCCUCCCUAACCCAAAAAUCACAUGUCCCCGUGUUUCCCUGGGCUCUGUGCUCAGCCUGGAGCUGCCACGGGAUGCAGUGGUCCUGGGGUGCCGCCGAGGGGCUGCGGCACAGCAGCAAGAGGCAGAGGGGCAGGAGCAGAGGCAGGAUCGAGGGGUGAGGCCUUGGAAGCCCACAGGCACACAUGGAGUUGGAUGGCAGAAAGAUGGGCACAGUCCCCAGAGGCCCAGCAAGAGGCGGGGAACGUCCCCCAAGAGUGAGCAAGAAACGUGGUUUGAGGAGGUGAGCUUCAACCCCAGCUACAGCCAGCAAAGGGCACACUGUGCAGGGAAGGAGCACUGGAACCUGCAGCGCCUCAGCAGCACCAGUAAAGACCUUCUGGACUUGAGGCCGAGCCAGCUGUCCCGUGUCGGUGCGGGGGAUGAGCCGGCCACCCGCUCUGGCCAGGAUGACAGCCCCACUGCUGCUGGCAGGCCCCAGAGCCCCGCACUGGGCACUAAGGAAGUUUGCCACCCUGCCCACAGGCAGUUUGAAGAAGAGGAGGAGGAACUGCAGGCCAUCUGGGAUGGGGCACACGAGCAACGGGCACAGAGCCCACGGGCAGGCAGCUGUGCCAGCCACCGGACGGGCAGCAGGGCAGGCAGCUUGCCCAGCCCCAGCGCUACUGCUGGCGGUCCCCUCAUCCUCUCAUCAGCCAACAACGUGCUAGUGGCCAAAUUCAGCCUUCCCACCACUGCUCAGCUGCUCCACAGCCCGGAGGGAGAGAAGAGCCCCAGAGUGGUGCACAGUGGCAGUGGCAGCCCCAGUGGGGUCGGGGUUUCCUCCCACGUGGAGGAGCUGGUGUCUGCAGCCCCCUUGGAUGCUUCCAGUGCCUGGGAUCAGCAGAGGCAUGGGCAAGAGGAGAGAGAGAGCAGCAAGGUCCUUCCUGGUAAAAUGGAGUUUCAGAUGAUGGAGGGGACGCUGGAAAGGAAGCACGUAUUGCAGACAGGAGGGAGAAAGGCCAGCUGCCGUGCCUGGGGCCUCUUCCAUGCCGUGCUGAUGAGGCAGACGCUGUGCUUCUACCAGGACCGCAGGGACAGCCUCAAGAGCUCCGUGGUGGCCCUUCCCCUGAACCUCUCUGGGGCAGUCUGCACCCCAGAUGCCGAGUACACCAAGAAGACCAACUGCUUCAGGCUUCAGCUGCAGGAUGGUUCUGAAUACCUCCUGAGGGCCCCCACCCAGCCUCUCAUGAAUGAAUGGGUCUCAAAGCUGCAGCAAAACUCAGGUUUUCCUGAAGUGGAUUACUUCCAGGCGGCAGCACGGCGUGUUGAGGGCACUGGUGGUACUGGCAGUUUCAGCAAAGUCUCCAGCUCUGGGACCUCCCACCUGCAGGGACAUCAUCAGGUCACAACCACUAAGAGCCAGGAGAUUGUGGUGUUACCCUGUGCAAGCUCACUACUGCAGCAGCCUCUGGGCAGCCAGGACGGCCCAGUCGAUGGGACUGUGGCAGCAGCAGAGAAUGCUCAGGGGACUGGGCACAAGGAGCAGCAGUGGUCACCCAGGACGUCCCCUGGACUGUGGGACAACAUCUGCCCAGAAGACGACUACGGGCUGGUGGCCAACAAGAGGAGGUCCUACUCCUUCACCUCAGCCACCUACCAGAAGAUCACGCCAGUGGCCGUGCCCCAGGAGGCAGUGGAGGCUGGGAGCAGUUACUCCGUCACGCUGUACAUCGGGGAGCAGGUGUCGGCCAUGCCCCGGGCACGCUGUCACUCCUUUGUGGCACAAACAGGGAGCCCCCGGGACACACGAGGCGAGAAGACCACCAGCCCCCCUCGCAACAAGAACAAAUCUGUCUUCAAGAAGUUCUUUGGAAAGAAAGAGUGAGCCCCAGGCAAAGGGAGGAAACACCUUAACCUGCCUCUUGUCCUCCUCUUGGGCCAUUCUGGAGUCUCUGCUCCCAGCACCAAUUCAUGGCUCGCUGCCUCCCCAGGGGCAAGAGGCUGUGCCAAGCGGCUCUGCUCCAGCCAGCCUCAGGGCUACCCUGUGCCCCAGCCACUGUAGCCCCCAGCCUCAGCCUGGCGCUGAGCACCCCUCCUGCCCAGUGCUCUCCCAGGCAUCCUAAUGACACACAGCACAAGCAGAGGGGGGUGGAUGAUGGUUUUUAUUAAAAGAUAAAUAGAC